AUGCACUCUGGUCCGACCUCACCCAAAAAAUUCCAUCUCACGAACAGCAGAGCGUCAACACCUCAACCCACGCCUCCCACCGUCCACACCACCGCCAUCACCAUGGCACCCCGACUACCCCCGAGCUGUCUUCAGCUCCUCCGCACCGGACCGACGACGAUACCCAAUGCCUCCGCAGUCCUCGCCGGCCCGCGUCUCCAUCUACUCCCUUUCACCGCGAAGCGAGGUGUAAAGUAUGGCUGGUCGACCGCGCCUCCUCGCAGCAAGCCCGGCCGCUUCAAUCAGCCUACAUCCGGCCUUCCCGCCCUCACGACCGGCCCCGCUGCCGCCCUUGCCCGCCGCGAGGCCACCACCCCCCUCCGCACUGGCGUCCUCGCCCUCAAGAAGGGCAUGACGGCCAUCUACUACGGCAAGAAGCGCGUCCCCUGCACCGUCCUUCAGCUCGAUCAGGUCCAGGUUGUCGCCACCAAAACGCGCAAGAACAACGGCUACUGGGCUGUUCAGGUUGGGCUGGGAUCCAAGGAACCACGCAACGUCGAGAGGCCGCUGCUGGGCUACUACGAGGCCAAGGGCAUCGCGCCCAAGCGCCACCUUGCCGAGUUCAAGGUCCGCUCUGAGGAGGGUCUUUUGCCUGUCGGUGUGCAGCUGUUCCCAGACUGGUUCCAGACGGGCCAAUAUGUCGAUGUUCGCUCCAACAGCCGUGGUAUGGGCUUCGCCGGUGGUAUGAAGCGCCACGGCUUCGCGGGUCAGGAGGCGUCGCACGGUAACUCCAAGAACCAUCGUACCAUCGGUACCACCGGUCCCUCGCAGGGCUCCGGUUCUAGAGUUUUGCCCGGCAAGAAGAUGCCCGGGCGAAUGGGCAACGAGCGGGUUACGGUCCAGAACCUGACGGUCCUGAAGGUGGACAACGAGCUCGGUGUCGUGCUCGUCAAGGGCGCUGUUGCAGGCCCCAAGGGGUGUGUCGUACAGCUGCAGGACGCGAAGAAGAGGAAGGCGCCUGCGCUCCCGUACCGCCAGGAGAAGUUAAAGGAGCUGUUGGAAUCCAACCAGGACGCUGAGGCGAGAUUGCAGGAGGCUAGGGAGAGGCACUUGGAGCUGAAGAAGCAGAGGAGAGAAGCGGCGGGGCUUGUAUAG